AUGCCAACUCACUUUUCUGAUGACCCACCUCAGGUCAUCAACCAAAACGAUCUACACCUCGCCAACUCGCGUCUCGAGGAACACAACGGCGCCCUCGAUGGUUCAACAGACCACAGCAGCGACGAACGCAGCCCACGCCCAAACACAAACCCCAAUGGCGCCCACCUCGAAAAGCUCGGUACCUACGACAAGUACGAGAUAACGGAGGAUGACUGCUACGAUGAGCUCGGCUACUCUUUUCCCACCUGGAAGAAGUGGUACAUCCUCACCGUCGUCUUUUGGGUCCAGGUUUCCAUGAACUUUAACACUUCGCUCUACUCCAAUGCUAUUCCCGGUAUUUCUGAAGAGUUUGGCGUGAGUGCUCAGGCAGCUAGAUGUGGUGCUAUGAUCUUUCUGGUCUUGUAUGCCUUUGGCUGUGAGCUUUGGGCCCCUUGGUCCGAAGAGUUUGGACGAUGGCCUAUCAUGCAGGCUUCUCUGCUCCUCGUCAACAUCUGGCAACUCCCUGUAGCACUUGCACCCAACUUUGCUUCUAUCUUGGUUGGUCGUGCACUUGGUGGUCUUUCAUCGGCUGGUGGCUCUGUUACUCUUGGUAUGAUUGCCGAUAUGUGGGAAUCUGACAACCAACAGUAUGCUGUUGCAUAUGUUGUCUUUUCCUCGGUUGGUGGCUCCGUGCUGGGUCCCAUUGUUGGUGGUUUCUGCGAACAAUACCUCGCGUGGCGCUGGUCUAUCUGGAUCCAGCUCAUCCUUGGCGGCUUUGUCCAAAUCGUCCACUUCCUGACUGUUCCCGAAACACGAAGCACCAUUCUCAUGAACCGCAUCGCCAAGAAGCGAAGAAAGGAGACUAAUGCCAACGUCUGGGGUCCCGACGAGCUUGUACCCUUCCGCGAGCGCUUCUCCGCCAAGGAAAUUAUGAUCACCUGGACCCGUCCCUUCAAGAUGUUCCUGACCGAGCCCAUCGUGCUGGUUCUCUCUCUCCUGUCUGGUUUCUCCGACGCUCUGAUCUUCAUGUUCAUCCAGUCCUUUGCCCUCGUGUAUGGACAAUGGGACUUUGAUGCUGUUCAGGUGGGUCUGAGCUUCUGUGCCAUUGGUGUUGGCUACCUUAUCGCUUGGCUACUCUUCGUUCCCUCUAUCAAGAGGAACGUCAAGGAGCGACGCGAAAAGCCUGAUGAUGAGCGUGCUCAGUACGAGUCACGACUUUGGUUCUUACUGUACACUGCUCCGUGUCUGCCCAUUGGUCUUAUUGGUUUUGCCUGGACGAUCCAGGGUCCUCCCAUGCACUGGAUUGGCUCCAUGGUUUUUGCGGCUAUUGUUGGUAUUGCCAACUAUUCUAUUUACAUGGCUACCAUUGACUACAUGAUCUGCGCUUACGGCCCCUACUCUGCUUCAGCCACUGGUGGUAAUGGCUGGGCUCGAGACUUCCUCGCUGGUGUCCUCACACUUCCUGCUAUUCCAUUCUUCUCUAACAUUGGCGCCUCUUCUGGCAAGAACUUGGAAUAUGCCUCAACAAUUCUCUUCUGUAUUUCUUUCGUUCUUGUCGUUGCUGUCUACGUUAUUUACUGGAAGGGACCCGCUCUUCGAGCGCGAUCACCCUUUGCCCAGCGUCUGGCUGGUGAGAAAAAGGACAAUGCCGAGCAGGGACGUCGUGGCAGUGUUGCCUAUGAUGCUCGACGAAGGAGCUCUGCUGGUACCAUUACGGACCCUGAACGUCCUCCUGUUGCUGCUCGUCCCAGCUACGGUGCACGACAGUACAGCAACUCCAACCGUUUCUUCGGAGAGAGCCGUGUUACACCUCGUGGAACGCCCCGGGGUACACCAUCUGCAAGCCGUCGCGCGAGUGCUGCCAACAUUCACAGGCACCAGUAG